ACAACCUCCCUGCUGCGUCUGAGAGGACAAACCAAGCGGUCAAACAACACCAUUUUUACAGCAAACCCCUGGAAAAAAUAUGCUCUAUAAACAGUAACCUAUGCGACAGGAGUAACCGCAGUAUUAUACUACUCAAAGAGCAGCGGCUUUCCACUAGGGAACCUCCUAGACCAGUGACUGACCACCAUGUUGUCACGGUUGAAGACAACCUGGUCCCUGAGGCCCUGUGUCUCUGUGUGCAGAUGGGCACACACCAAAGAGAAGGGCAAGCCCCUCAUGCUCAACCCUCGCACCAACAAAGGCAUGGCCUUUUCUCUACCAGAGCGUCAGAUUUUAGGGAUACACGGUCUGUUGCCUCCCAAAGUGGAGACUCAGGACAUUCAGGCAAUGCGCUUUCAGAAUAAUCUCAAGAAGAUGACCGAUCCCCUACAGAAGUACAUCUACUUGAUGGGCAUCCAGGAAAGGAAUGAGAGGCUUUUCUACAGGGUGUUGAUGGAAGACAUCGAAGAAUUGAUGCCAAUUGUCUACACUCCCACUGUAGGCCUGGCCUGCACACAUUAUGGGCACAUCUUUAGAAGACCCAAAGGCUUGUUCAUCUCUAUUCUGGACAGAGGACACAUUCGUUCCAUCCUGGACAACUGGCCAGAGACUAAUGUUGCAGCAGUAGUCGUAACUGAUGGAGAGCGUAUUUUAGGAUUAGGUGACCUGGGUGUAUACGGAAUGGGCAUCCCUGUCGGAAAACUUUGCCUGUACACUGCCUGUGCUGGAAUUAGACCUGAGAGAUGUCUGCCUGUGGCAAUAGAUGUUGGCACAAACAAUAAGACUCUCCUCAAGGAUCCGCUGUACAUGGGCCUGUACCAGGAGCGAGAUCAGUCUCAAGCUUACGAUGAUCUGAUUGAUGAGUUCAUGGAGGCUGUGGUGGACAAAUACGGGCAGGGCACACUGAUCCAAUUUGAGGACUUUGGGAACCACAAUGCCUUCCGCUUUCUCAGGAAGUACAGGGAGAAGUACUGCACCUUCAACGAUGAUAUCCAAGGCACUGCAUCUGUAGCCCUUGCUGGUUUGUUAGCAGCUCAGAGAGCCAUUGGCAAACCCAUCACUGAACACCGGGUGCUUUUCCUGGGAGCUGGAGAGGCUGCCCUUGGUAUUGCCAAUCUGAUUGUCAUGGCCAUGAUGGAGAGAGGGAUGACCCAAGAUGAGGCCAGAAAUAAGAUCUGGUUGUACGAUAAACAUGGCUUACUAGUAAAGGGCAGACAACAGGAAACAGACUCUAACCAGGAAGCAUUUCUUCAUGACAGCCCAGGGACUAUACAGAGCUUCCUAGAUGCCGUCAACACCAUCAAACCCACAGCUAUCAUUGGUGUGUCAGGAGCUGGACGUCUUUUCACCCAUGAUGUCAUCAAGGUCAUGGGAACCCUGAACGAACGACCAAUUAUCUUUGCCUUGAGUAACCCAACAACUAAAGCAGAGUGCACAGCGGAGGACGCCUAUACACUCACUGAUGGUAGAGUUCUUUUUGCCAGUGGCAGUCCAUUCGGUCCAGUGACACUGAGUGAUGGCCGCAUCUUCACCCCUGGACAAGGAAACAACGCUUACAUCUUCCCUGGUGUGGCAUUGGCUGUGAUCCUGAGUGGAGUGAGACACAUCAGUGACACAGUAUUCUUAGAGGCUGCCAAGACCCUUGCAGAGCAGCUGACGGAUAAAGAGCUGGAAGAAGGCAGACUCUAUCCUCCUCUCUCCAACAUCAGAGAGGUCUCUCUCCAGAUGGCUGUCAAGGUGACGGAGUUUGUCUAUGCUAAAGGUAUGGCAUUUCGGUACCCUGAGCCUGUGGACAAGGACAGCUUUGUACGUGCAACUGUGUGGGACACCCACUACGACUCCUUCUUGCCAGAUACCUACGACUGGCCAGAUAUCAGCUUCAGCCCCAAGAAAAACUAGAAGUAGACCAGACCCUCACUGUGCUUUUUGUUUUCCACUUAACUCUCUAUCACAGAUAAUUUGAGAUGAUCAUAACCUUAGUGCAAACAUCUGCUUAAGGUAGUAGAAGCCCAUUACUUCUGCCAUGUGACCGCAUUUGCACGAAACAAGUCUUAUUAGAACUGUGAAAGAGUAUAGAGGAGAAUGGAAUCUGAAACAGGAUAUUUAAAUGAAGAUGGCCACUUUUACUUAACAUCCCAGUUCUUUAUCACCUCUGCAUCACAUUUAAACUUGCAUAGCACCUGGAGGGCCACCUGGUGAUGGAAAAAGGCAUGGUGGAAAUCUGGAUUCAUUGUUGCAACCUUGAGAGAAAUUUUGAUGAUCUAUGCUGUUUUACAAAGAAAAUAAUAAUAAGGUAAUAUAAGACUAUAUUACAGUUACUUAAAAAACUAAAUUAUAUGUGAUUGUCAUAAACAAAGCAGAGCCUAAAACACCACACUUGCAUCCAACAAUUUGAACACUAGGUCAAUUAGAUUGUGUUGAGUAGUAAACCAAACACUGCACAGUCUGCCUCUGCACAAGGUUAAGAUGGAUUUUUACCAGAGAUGACUCCAUGAAUUGUUUUGUGGUUGGGAUCGCCUCCACUUUCUUUCUUUUUAGUCAUAAAAUGCCAUGUACAAUAUCAUCAUAUGUUUCACCUGUUUUAAAGGUAGUCACUCCACAUUUAAUGUAAUGAUGACUCUAAUUUGAUGCAAAAGAGUUGUGUACACUCCUGGUGCCAAGCUUUUUACUAAUACUCCGAAUAUAUUUAGCUACCUAGAGAUUUCCAAACUUAAUGCGCACAAUAUGCAGUUGGGACAUUAUCAUCACCUUUUUUCACAUCAAGUGGCCCUCUUGAUAGCUUCAGUAAUCCAACCAAUGCCUGGUAUAAAACAUAUAUUUAAAGACUUCUUUUUCACGUAUGCUUUAAUCCAGCAACAUUCCUUAUCAGAGAAGGUCUAGUGAAGCAGAAUGUUAAAGUACUCGGCCUUUGUGUGCAAUCUAGUGGAGAAAUGAAGGGAAGAUCUAAAGAAAAACCUCUGAAAAUUAUGAUGAGAUUUUAUGAAGGGAAGUUAAAUGAAAAUGAUAUAUAAAAAAACACUCUAGAAACUAAUGUCCACUCCAGCAUCACAUUUGUUUGAAUGUUUUUCUCACAUUGUAUUUAUUUCUCUGAAUUUAUUGUAUUUCAUUUGAUGGGAGUGUAUUUAGCUGUUGCCCUUGAGGUGUAUAUUCAUUAGAAAGUCUCUCCCAAACACCUUUUUGAAUGAGGUGUGGUAGGAAGAAGCCAUCCCUAGAAAUGACCCCUUUGAUAAAUGUGGUAUACAAAUUGAUCAUGAACUAACAUUUAAAAAAAAAAAAAGUACAGGAUAAAAUUAUCGGAUCUCUGUUGUAAUUAUAUUUUGUGAACUGUACAUACACUUUUGUAGAGCCGGAGACUGUCUAAUGAAAGAGUGUUUAUAAAGUUGUGUUAAGUAAAUCCAUGUUUUGUUUCAGCAGGUUGGUGUGUUUGUUUCGGCAAGUUUAUAUGUAUGGCACAAAGUUCUGUAUAUAAGACAUAAAAGGCAUUUGGAAAAACCCAAGGAAAUAUACAAAGAUAAAUAAGUCAAAUUAAAUAGAAGCUGAAUAUAAACUUUAAUAUAAUAAUACAGAUAAAAGUGCAGUGUAACAUGUGAAUAAAUAGUCCUAAAUAAAUUUAAUAAGGGGCAUAUAGAUUGUUACUGACAAUAUAUAUUUGUGAUGAAGAAACCAAGUAAGGCUAUCAAGUCCACUUUAAAUAUCUGAAGUGUCACCAGAAUUGUUUUUUUAGAUUGAGCAUUUCUUUAGACAUGUUGUGUCAAAUCCAGUGAGUGUAUACGCAGUUCAGCAGUCACAGUUAUAGCAGAUGACAUUUUCCUCAAGGUCAUAACAUGCAUUUAUCAAACUAAGAGACCGUAUAAACUUUAUUCAAGUUAUAUUUUUCUAAUAUUCCACAUCUGUAAAUGUCACUUGAAUGUUCUGCACUUGUUAUCUAUAAGAUUUUUAUACUUUGCUCUGUGCUCCGAGAGACUGCUUCAGUAUAUUACUGUGGGAAAUGCAAAGAUAAAAAAAUGAUGUGUUAGUGUGAAAUGAGACUUGAGAAGCCCUGACCAUAUAUAUUGGACACAAACACGUACACACACCCUUGCAGAUAAAAUGUGUUCAAGUCUGAAAAAUUUAACAAGUUACAUUAAAGCUAUCAAUUAAUCUACUUCAUUCAUUGUAUUGCCUUAGUCAUUAUUGUCAACGGUUAAGGGAAUUUACAGAAUCAUGUGUUAGUCUUAGUCAAUACUAGGCCACUCUGAAUUCAAAUUCUAUCUUCUUGUGUUGUAUUCAAUGUGCAGUUUUUCCUCUGAUAGACUGUGCACCUUCAGGUUGUGAACACAAUAUGUUGUUAAAGGCAUAGUUUUGUACUAUUAUUUCAAAGAAACUAUUUAGGUAAAGUUCAAACUCUGUGUGUCUCUAAGUGUCUAUCCGGUUAUUGUUGUUGUUACUGACUGUAAUCCUCCAGUGUGAGUUUUUACUGUCUUGUGUAUGAAUUGUUCAUGAAUAUCGUUUUGUGUGAUUCAUGUCGUCCCCAUAACUUUACACCUUUUUUCAAUGAAGUGUGCAUUCAUAUAGUGCUGUCUCUUUUUUGGUUGUAGUUCUGAAAUGUAUUUUUGCCACACAAUAUUAUUGCCUUAGUGUUUGUGUGUAGAGAGAAUACCAAUGUGCAGAAUAAACAGUUUUAU